CAAGCUGUCAAAGUACAACACUUGCAUUUAUCUCCUAUAACUACACGUUUUCUGCUAUCAUCCAUCUUUCUCUAGUGUUUGAAUUAAUGAAGAUGAUAUAUGCUGCCUAUAUGAACUGUACAAAAAUUUAUGGCUAUACCAUCUCAUUUAUAAGAUAAAACAUCCAUAUAUAUUAUAAAUAUAUAUUAUCUGCUACUUAAAGGUUAUUACUUCCAUUAGCAGGACUCCAGUUUCUUAUUAUUCUUUAGCUUAUAUAGCAGCCUGUUAAUUAGUUUGUUACAACAUUGUUUAAGGCCAUAUAAAUAUUCCGUGUAAUUAAGAUUGAGCCUGUAUUACUUGUUUUGUUAUGUCUUAUUUGUGCUAAUUGUUUUGUUACCAAAGGAUAACACACUAAAAGGCCAACAAUGAGUUGAAAACGCGACAAACUGAGAGAGAAAGGAAGAACAGCUGGACAGAGCUUGGAGUAAAAAGUGAUUCAAUAUACAGUGCAUGCUUUAUAAUUUCAAUUCGGGUUUCAGUUUCUUUUGUAUAUAAUUUAGGUAUUAAAUGUGAUUGUGUUAAAAUUUUCUAACCUAUGAAUGAAAGAGUUGGGCUAUGAUCCAUCAUUGUUUUGUAAUAUAUUUUCUGUUGUAUUGUUCUGUGACCACGUGAGGUACAUUCAAAUUCGAAAAAAAUGAAAGAAGAAAAAAGAUCAGUAAAGUCCUAGUGUCAAAUGCGAGGAUAAUACUAGAACGAACCAGUAACUAAGGACAGUACGUUCCCUCCCAUCUAAAGAACUUGAUCCACCCCAUUUUGGAAAUUCUGUAAAAGCCAAAGGCAGCAUAAAAAGUUUUUCCAAGGUGAUUAUUAUAGUCAGUUAACAUGAAAAAAGUUAUGGUUCUAGAAAUAUUACAACUAAUAAUGAGGUUUACAUUUGUAUGAUAUUGGCUUUAUCCGCUACUUUGGAAGACAGAUUGUUUGUCCCAUUCUAUUGGGAAACAGAGUGGACAUCUCUCUUGCCACAGUUGAUUGCCUUAUAAUUGCUACAUAAAUGUAAACGCGGUGGAUUGAGUUCAAUUGAUAAGAAUAUCUGACAAAAGUAACUGGUAAGAAAAUAAUAAGAAUUGGAAUUUUCUUUAUCCUUUACUUCUUACUUCAGUUUUGUGGGACUACAAAUGACAAAGUGGACCUCGCUAUUCUCUCUUUAUCACCAUAUCUCUCAGGACUUGGUGGUGAUUGUUUAGAAUAGAAUAAUUUUAUCGCAUUGAAGACGAAAGGCAUGCAAAGCAUUAGUACUUCAAAUCCCUUUUCUUACUUUUCUAGAACCGAUAUGCAUGUUACAAAGAUUUCUUUCCACUUUGAAAUAAUUUCAAAUGUCUGUCAUUCGAGGCAUUAGAUUGAUCAAACAAUCUGCACACAUGCUCACAUGAACAAGUUUUGGAUGUGGCAAAGAAAUUAGAGAAGCUGUUUUUUUGUCACCCCGAUUGCGAAGAAAUCAAAGCAAAGGAUCGUCACAAGUAACCUGAAGUUGAACUUUCAAUGGAUACUGUUGUUGGCAGCUUGAUCUACAUAAAGGCGAGGAGAGUCACUGAGCUUUUUCCUCCAAGUUUCAGGAAACUGUUUAGAAGCUGGGAGCUGCACGCCAUGGUUUUAGUCAGCCUCACCUUGCAGAUAAUUCUCAUCGUCUUUGGAGAUUGCAGGAAACGUUCAAACCGCGUGUGGACGAGAAUUGUGCUGUGGACUGCCUAUUUAAUGGCUGAUUGGGUAGCAACUGUUGCCCUCGGUGUCAUUUUGGACAAUCUUGUGGAAGCAGUCGAAGGCAUUGGCCAAGGUGGAAGACUGGAUCCGGACGUCGAGCUAACUGCAUUCUGGGCACCAUUUCUUCUGUUACACUUGGGAGGUCCUGACACUGUUACAGCUUAUUCAUUGGAAGACAAUGAGCUGUGGUUAAGGCACCUUCUUGGACUAGGAGUAGAAACAGGAGUGGCGCUGUACAUUACCAUUCUGGCAUGGACAGGCUCUCGACUCUCUUUCCUAUCCCUUCUGAUGUUAUGUGCAGGAAUUAUCAAAUAUGGGGAGAGAACAUGGUCUCUAAGAGAGGCAAGCAACGAAGUAUUCAGAGCCUCCAUGGUCACUCAACCUGAUCCUGGUCCCAAUUACGCCAAAUUUAUGCAGGAAUAUGGCUUAAAACAGUAUGAGGGGUUCGAGGUUAAAAAGGAAGAGAUAACUGAUGGCCAGGUUGCUGCUAGUAGAACUUCUGACCAAGACCAAAAUAAUCCCUAUCAGGAUGAAUUAGAACAGCUUAUAGCAUAUGACUUAUUACAAGCUUUUAAGCGUCUUUUUGUAGAUCUCGUCCUUGGUGUUGAUGAUCGGGAAAGAAGUCGAUCUUCAUUCUUGGCAAUUGAAACCGAUAAAGAUAAAGCUUACAGACUGAUAGAGAUGGAACUCGGGUUUGCGUAUGACAUGCUGUAUACCAAGGCGCCACUGAUACAUUCAAAGCGGGGAUGGAUUCUCCGCUCCAUCAGUGUUUCAUGCUCUUGUGCUGUGCUGGUUUUCUUCUCACUGGCUGACCACAAAAAGUGCUCAAAUAGUGAUCUGAUCAUCACAUACCUGUUAUCAGGUGCUGCUAUUCUUCUAGAGGUACUUGCGGUACUCUUACUGAUUUCCUCUGACUGGACUGUUCUUUGGUUGGGCCAGCACUUGGAUGAGCAAAAACCCAACUCUUGUUUAAAACUCCCAAAACCUUCAAGAUGGUCAAAGUCCAUGUUACAGUUUGAUGCAUUGAGCUUUUACCUUAAAGACAAACACAUUUUCUGUGGUGAAAUGCUGAAGCACCUUUGCUUUUAUAAGGUGCUAGAGAAACAUUACUACACAAAGCAUAGGGAUGUAUGCAGUGAUUUGAAAGAACUGAUUUUUGAUCAUCUCAAAACGAAAGCUAAGCGUGCACCGGACGUGGCAACAACAACCACACAUAUCAGAGACAUCAUUUCCUGCCGCGGAAGCCAAGUACUAGAAGAGUACCAUCAUACUGAUGUUAAAUGGAGUGUCGAGGUUAAUUUUGAUCAGAGCAUUCUGAUCUGGCAUAUCGCUACAUAUCUCUGUUACUCGGAGGAUCAUCCAAGAACUACAGAAGAUUCAGAAACUUCAAAUGAAAAAAAAUACAGAAAACUGAGCAAAAGGUUAUCGCAAUAUAUGUUAUAUCUCCUACUCAUGCGUCCUUCCAUGUUGCCUGUGGGUAUUGGGAUGAUAAGAUUCCAAGAUACCGAAGCGGAGUUUGUAAAAUUAUUUGAAGGAUCCGAGUUCAGCUCUUCUGUUGCUAAAUCUCAGAGAAACAUUUUCUCGUGGGUUAUGAGAUGUUAUCCAAACGCUACUAGAAAUUCCAAAGCAGAUAAAAGAUCCGAAGCCUGUAAGAGGUUGCGGAAGGUGAAUACUGAAAUUGACCCGGUAAAAGUAAAAGGGGACAGAAGUAGAUCUGUGCUGUUUGAAGGUUGUAGGCUAGCCUCACAGUUGCAGCAAGGGCCUCUAAAGUGUAAUAAGGAGAAGUGGGAAAUGAUUAGCAAUGUGUGGGUGGAGAUGCUGGCUUACGCUGCGAGCCAGUGCAGAGGGAAUUAUCACGCUCAGCAGUUGAGAAGGGGUGGAGAACUUCUUACUCAUGUCUGGCUUCUAAUGGCACAUUUUGGUUUAACUGAACAGUUCCAGGUAUCAAAAGGGCAUGCAGGAGUUGAGUUUGUUUAAUUUCAAACGAAUGCUUGUCUAAUAAAUUUAGUAACUGCUUUCUGUGUCCCUAGAUAUCUCACUUGCUGUACUUAAUACGUAUUGUUAUCAGUGUUUAAGAACUUCUAAGAGAGACAUUCUCUUGAGAAAUAAAUAAGUGUGAUUUGAUUUAAUCUAUAAAACUGCUUGCUUACCAAAUUUUAUAA